UUCGUAGUUUCAACCGACUAAAAUGGCGGCCGGGAAAAACUUUAAAUCCUAAUCACUGAAUAAGUAGAUUACAACCACUUUAUUCAGCGUUUUCGAAAUCAUAAGUAAUGUACAGAUAUCUUAUUAUAUAAAACAACUCUGCUGACAGCGUGAAAGUGUAAAAGUUAUAAAGUAACUGAGGCAACACAUACACAAUGACUUUCGGAGAAGCCAAUGAAAGCACAAAUAAUGCAAUUAUGAUGGACACCACUACAUACAAACAGCGUGAAAAAGCCAAGAUCCACUCGGCUGUAGAUGCUCCCAUGUGCGACACUUGUCGGGGGCUAGACUUUGCAUUUUUCGAUCCUGGCUGCCAAGGCUGUCAUGAUUUGUUAACUGACCCAGGAACAAGUAUUGCUGAAAUUUUUGCAGUCAUAAGACAGUGGACUCCUCAGACACAACAGAAUAUUGAUCUGUUUACAAGUGAAAUUCUGAAAAGAGGAGCUAAUGUUAAUGACCGUGAUAGCCUGACAGACAUGACAUUGCUACACUAUGCAUGUAAAUCAGGGGCUCAUGGGAUAGGUGAUGUCACAAAAGCUUGUGAGAUUGUCGAGAUGCUCAUUUCGAUUGGGGCUGAUGUUUUCACACGCUGCCGCUGGACAAAUAUGUCACCCCUUCACUAUGCAGUAUUUUUUGAUGUAACAGACAUUGUAAAAAUCCUUUUGAAAACUACUAAAUGCUUAGAUAUUGACAGCAGAUGUUCAGAUGUUGACCAUGGUACAUCUCUCCAUAUCUCAGCCUCUAACCUUGCUUUCGACACAAUGAAAUGUCUGCUUCAGAAUGGAGCUGACCCUUCCAUUAGAGAUGACCUUGGCAGAACAGCUUUCGAAUGCAUACCUGAACCAGGGUUAUUUGAGAGUAAUUCAGAUAUGAACAAACUAGUGUUUAAGAUGAGGAAAGCUCUAUCAGAAGCCGAAUCUCAAUGUUCUUCUUCCAACAAUGAUUAUGUGGCCAACUAUGAUAAUGUACCUGGCAAAGUAACAUUACAGUCUCUUGGUGUACAUAUUGGUGAACGAAUCAUGGUUGGAGGAGUGAAGUGUGGAAUCCUGAAGUUCUGUGGUCCAACAGAGUUUGCCCCAGGUAUGUGGGCAGGUAUUGAAUUGGACGAACCAGAAGGAAAGAAUGACGGCACAGUCAAUGAGAUCUCAUACUUCAAAUGUCCUCCAAAACAUGGUAUCUUUGCACCAGUCAGUAAGAUCUGUAAGCCAGGUCAGAGCCCUAGAAGACGAAGCAGCGUCAACCUCACCCCUAACAAAGGCAAGAUUGAUGUAUCACACGUUACAAAGAGAGUUGACACAGGACUUGGUACCCCUCGUAGUGGGAGAACAACUCCAGUGAGACGUCAAUCUUCCAGCACAAUCUCCCAUGGCACACCAGAUGUAUCAAAAGUAGGCGCAAAAGUCGACACAGGACUACGAUCAAGAUCUCACACUCCUUCAGGUGAACAGAACUUGGAAGUAGGGGACCGGGUGGUAGUGGCUGGCCAGAGAAAGGGAACCAUCAGAUAUGCUGGUGAAACUAAAUUUGCUCCAGGUCUGUGGUUUGGUAUAGAACUAGAUAGGUCAGUUGGAAAAAAUGAUGGUGCAGUGAAUGGAGAGAGAUAUUUCAAAUGCCGUCCAAAACAUGGAGUGUUUGCUCCACCCAGUAGAGUACAGAGAUUUUUUGGUUCAAUGCGAAGCUUAGCUGGAUCCAGAGAUUCUCUAGACUCAGUUGGGUUAGGCACUACACCAAGGAGUCUUAGUGGCAGCCAGUCGAAUAUCUCUUCAACUCCAAGAUCCAAAACCCCUGUGUCUUCCAGACAAACCUCAAGUGCCAGAAAAUCUCUAUCUAGUUCCUUUGACUUCAAGUUGACCUGUGGAAUGAGUGUGUUCUGCAAUAAUGAACUAGGUGUAGUGAGGUACAUUGGUCCUACAGAUUUCGCUGAAGGGACUUGGCUUGGAGUUGAACUGAGGACUCCAAAGGGUAAAAAUGAUGGAUCAGUGAAUGACAGACAAUAUUUUACAUGUAAACCAGAUCAUGGACUCCUAGUACGGCCCAGUAAAGUGACUGUGCGUGGUAUUAAUGGUGCUAAACUCUUAGGAGAAAGAGAUUGAGGGGACCAUAGAAUUUAUAAUCUACAUUAUACACUUCAGAGACUUAAGAUUUUUAAUAUGAACACCUGAAUAUUGCCAACACCUCAGUCAUGUAAACACAUGUGAGACAUCCAUAUAUCAAGAUAUGUACAGUGUAUGUACAGUGUAUGUAAAUGAUACAGUGUUUUAUGUUUUGAGGGAGUCAAAGAUAUAUGCAAUCCUUGAUCUACUCUCAGCUUAAUUAAUUAACUAAAUUAUUGACAUUAUAAGUAUGUUGUUAUUGGCAUUAUUGCAUAACUCAAUUAUGCGUAUGUUAUAAUCCGAUUAUUACUCUAUAAUGGGCAGUAGCCUGAGUUGACCAGUCAAGACGCUUACUGAUGUUGGAUUACAGACCAUAAGUACAGUUACCAAUUUAUAUCAUACCUGAAUUUUGUUUUUCAUGUAUUAAUAAAGCUCUCUAGUUUUGGAACCUCUAAAAUGCAGAAAUCAUUCACCAUGUUAAAUGCUGCCAUAUCUUGGAUUAUUUUAUGUUAUGUAGUUUUAAGCGAUACUAGAGUAAAAUGUCCUGGUUCCAUUAUAAACCAUUUCUGGUAUAUCCCAGUAUUUAUUAAAGACCAUUGAUGUUUUU